AUGACAUCGCUUUUAUUCAGCUCUCCACGCCUUCCCUUCUCAGAUGCCCAGAAGAAAGCGGUACUUAAUUGGGCAAAACAGCUUGGCGCCAAAAAUGUGCCCUCACUCGAUGCGACCAAAAAGUGUCAACUGUUCAUUGAAGAUCUUGUUACUGCCCGGUCAGGGAAUAUAUUCUACAUUAAUAAUAUUGUGAACACAAUUGCAAAGGACUAUGCAAACCCACUUACACGUUUCGCAAUGCAAGAUUAUCCUGAGGAUUGUGGGAAAGGAAUGUUGCAAGUUUUCAACAGCACAAAGAUGUUGCUCGACCUUCCAUCUCCUCCUGCAGCACGAGUGGAUGGGAUGAUAUAUUUUGUCAAUGAGCUAUUACAGGAGUCUUCAGGAGCCUACUUCAUCCCGGAACAGUUUUUCCUUGGCUCUCCGGCAGGAUUUAUUAUCAAUGGUGAACAAGAAAUUAUCCCGACUUCAACAUUUGCAUGGUCAUAUGAAGAUAUUUCAUCAAUGAAUGAGCUCGACUGUGGACUCACUGGUACGUUAGAUCUAGGUCGUCUUAUUUGA